UUUUUGUUGCAUUCCUUUCAUUCUGAAAAGUUUGUAAUUUUGCUACUUGCUACAAAUGCCGAUAAUUUUCAGUGCAGUGUUUUUGACAAGUUUAAAUUUAGUUCAAUGUGAAAAAUAUUUGUUAUAACAUAUUUGACUUGAAAUAUAAGUGGUGCUAAUUUCAGUAAGCUACCAGUAAAGCUUCAAAAUCUGGAAUCGAAAUCUAUCGUUACCCAGGACUCGUUACGAAAUUUUGCAAAAUGACUUCAGCACUUUAUUUAGAGCACUAUCUGGACAGUCUUCAACAUCUGCCGAUAGAAUUACAGAGAAAUUUCAAGUUAAUGCGAGACCUCGAUGAUAGGGCACACGGGUUAAUGAGGACAAUUGAUCUUAUGGCUGACGAACUAUUGCCCAAUAUUCCGAAAAUGGACGAGGAAAUGAAGAAAGACAAGGUUAAUACCAUACAGGGCCUGUUUAACAAGGCCAAGGAAUACGGCGAUGAUAAAGUGCAGCUCGCAAUACAGACUUACGAGUUGGUGGACAAACACAUACGGCGCCUUGACUCUGACCUUGCUCGGUUCGAAUCGGAAAUUCAAGAGAAAGUGAUGAGCGCCCGAGCUGCGCAGCAAGCUGCCGCAGACCAGGAGCCGAAUACGACCACUGUUAAGAAGGGAAGGAAGAAGCAUAAGGGCAGUGAGAAGGCAGCUGCUACCACUGGUAAGAAGAAGCGCGUCGGAGCUUCCAGCGAGGACGAUGCGGUCGCGUCGGGUAGAUCCGCAGCCAAAAAGAAGGCACAGCGCAAAGGUGCAACUACAACAGCCAGUGCUGUCAAAGAACAAGAAGAAAAUGCGGAUUUGGACUCUGUUGCUGGCAUGGCUCAUCCUAGUGACGUCCUCGAUAUGCCUGUAGACCCUAACGAGCCCACUUACUGCCUCUGCCACCAAGUUUCAUAUGGAGAAAUGAUAGGUUGUGACAACCCUGACUGUCCCAUUGAGUGGUUCCACUUUGCAUGUGUAGAUCUUAAGAUUAAGCCUAAAGGCAAAUGGUAUUGUCCUAAGUGUACUCAGGAUCGCAAGAAAAAAUGAUCCACGGUGAAACCUCCUGUCAAACCCACUGACAAGGCUGUACCGGUAAAGAAAGAAGUGAAGUAACUUCAGUCUUUAUUACCAAAAACUAUGUGUGAAGAAUUAGAUAGUAAAUGAAUUUAUAGUAAUAUAAAGGAUAUUAAAACUAUUAGUGUUGUGGUAACUGUAUUUAGUUUUAUAUAAUAAUUUAAAAUUUGAAAGCCUAUUUUAACUUUAUAUAAAUUGCUAUAGUCUUUAUUUUUUUUUAUUUCAAAAUGAGCUAGUAAUAAUUUAAUAUAUACAAGAUGCCUUUAUUAUCUAAUUGCAGUGCCUAAUAUGAAUUAAUGAUGUUUUUCUUGUUGGGUAUUUAUUUUAUACACACAAUCUGUAUUAAAUGAGAUAAAAGAUAAAAAUCAAAAGAUAUCUUAUGUAGUAGUAAUAUUGCACAACAUUCAAUGUGAAUGUGAAUUGUGAAUAACAGUUAGACAAUGUUUUGUAAAAUUAGAUAUCAUUUUUAUAUUAAAAAAAUGAAUUAUGUGUCUGAUGCUGAUUUUUAAGAAGAUUUAACUAUGUUAAAUCUUGCACUUGCUGUCAUAUGUUAGUCAACUUAGGCAAUACAGGUUCCAUCUUUUUAUUUGAAAAAUAGAUAUUUCCCAUACAUUACUAUGUUUUGUGAAGUAAAUGGGAUUAUCUUUUUUAUUAAGCAAACUAGUUUAGUGUACUCGAUAUUAGACACUAGUUAUUCUCGCUAGCCAGGAUAAAAAUAUAUUUAACCCUCCAGUGCCCAUUGUUGCUAAACUGCCUCACCUCACGUAAUCUCCAUAUGUAACAUUUAAAAACUCAUUAUUGUACUGUAAAUCAUUACUACCAUUUCAUCAAUAAUACACAGACCUGGCCUAUGAAGCACUGGCAGGUGGUAAUCUUGUUUAGCAAUGUGUCUACAAUUUUCAUUUAAUUGAUUUGAAGCAUCCAUUCUUGUGUAUAAUUCAAUAAUAUUUAAGUAUUUGGCAUCUUUUUAUUUGAAAAACCAUGUAAUUAAAUAGUAUUAACAAUCAGCUCUAUAUGGGACCACUAUCUACAUCAAUUUAAUUUUAUGUAUAUGAAAUUAAACUGAAAAAUUAAGUUUUUAAAGUAAAUUUGUGGACGGAUGUAGGUAUUGCUGUAGUUUACACAUUACACAUGAUGAGAUAUAAAGAGUCAAACUUUUUUGAGCCGCAAAUAAAUCUUAUUAAAAACUCCUGACGUCCUGACGACUGCAGUAUACAGAUAUUGUGGAGUUUGGGACGAGUGUGGUCUAUAGUGCAAUAGCCAAUAAUAAUGUUAAUUGUAAACUAAAUUUAAGGUACAUAUGCGCGUAUGCGUUUAUAAAGCUAUGGUUAUUAAUGUGAAUCUUUAAUUUCCACUUUGGGUUCCAUAGCACUAUUUUUAUUUGGGUCCCUAUAAUCAAUCUGUUACAUUACGAAACCGAUUAUUAUAAAUUAUAACACGUAUUUGUUGUAAUUCUUUUUGCAGUAAAAAACUGUCCUACAUAAAUUGGAACAACAGUACAAAAUAUUCGAAAUAACAUGGAAUAACUGUUGACUUGUUGCUUAUUUGGUGGGUGAACUGGGUCAACAUUCAAUUGUUAAAUAUAGUUAAGUGGAUAAAAAUCCAAAGAGGAAAGUCGAUAGGUUACAUAUAAAUAAUUGUUACAUAUGUAAGUUAUAAUAAUGUUUUGAAAUGAAUUGCCGUAGACUAGAAUAAUUUGGUUGCUUUGAUAGUUUAUUACUCUAAUUCUCAUGUUUACUGGGAAUUAAGUCAUGACUACUUGUGUAGAGUUAAAUUAUAAGGAAUCUUAUAGAGCAAUAAAUAUCACUAUGGUGACUAACUUAAGUUUAUGACUGAAUUAUGUGAGUUAUAAUUAUAAUAUAUUACUGUUACAGGGUGAGACAAAAAAUAAUACAAAAUCAGAAUUUCCGAUUUAAAAUCCAAUAAAACGCAUCUUUAUGAAGGGCCGGACACUUUUCAUUACUUUAAAGUAAUAACAGUACUAGUGAUAAUGUAGUAAUUGGAAUGAAGGAAUGAUGGCAUGUAAUGAAGUUAGUAUAAAUAUCUUGCUGCUGUAGUGGGUAGUGACCCUGCUAGUGAAGCCGAUGGUCCUGGGUUGGAAUCCCGGUAAGGGCAUUUAUUUGUGUGAUGAACACAAAUAUUUGUUCCUAAGUCAUGGGUUGUUUCUAUGUAUUUAUCUAUAUAAGUAUGUAUAUCGUCGCCUAGCACCCAUAGUACAAGCUUUGCCUAGUUUGGGGCUAGGUUGAUCAGUGUAAGAUGUCCCCUAAUAUAUAUUUUUUAUUUUAUAUACAUAUUUCUUCAAGGAAAUGAUAAACUUGAUAUCAUUGACAGAGGAAUAUGAAGAAACAAGUACUAGCGGAAAUUAUUGUAGCCAAAAAUUUAAAGUAGACAGCACCAUAAUACUCCCGGAUGCUCUCAUAAUUAUAAUAAUCAAAUUCUGUCAAUGUGUUCUCAUACUCAUUAACAAAGCAGAAACCCUGAUGAUGUAAUACUUUUUUCUGUCACCAAGUAAAGAUUUUGUAUUAAUUCUAGAGUCAAUAUUGAUAAGUGAUUUACUGAUGUAAUAUAGGCAUUUAUCUAGAUUUCAUAUAGAAUAUAGACCAUCAUGCAUUGUUAAAUAUUCACCAUAUUUUAUGAUUCAUACUUGUAAUAUAUUAGAAUAUCAUGCAUUGCGUUGAAUAUUGAAAUUAAAGUUAUCACAUCACA